GAUAUGCCCGGUUUCGUCCUUGACACACCUAUAACUGCAGAAAUCAAACCGGGACCUUGUCUGACGUUACUGGAGUCAUCCUCGACUAGAGCAGCGGUGCUCACCCUUGAGCUGAAAGGCGUAGUCCAGAUACUGCCGGGGGUUAACUACACGGAUAUGUGAGACAUCGGACUCGCAGGGACUGGGUAGUUUAUUGCAUUCACACAGAAAGGGUCUGCCCGUGUUUUUAGGUACAACGGACAGCCUUUACAGCUGAUGUGGGAACUUACCAGCGCGGUUCGUAUCCAGCUGGUAUGGUAUACAUCGCAGCCUGACGGGGAUGAACAGGCACCGUCACAGACACAUACCGAGUCGCAUUUCGCAGGCAGCUUUGACAAGGCCGGCAAACCUUGCAUUGCGAGUGUAUCGGUCACAUGCAAGCCGUCUGUGUAUCCUCACUUGUUUCCGCUCCUUUGCCCAGUGUUGAAAGCUACGACGAUAUGGCAAGCAAUUCACCAGACGUUCACCACGCGUCUUUCUAAAGGUACAAGACAAGUAACAGGAUAUACAUUUCCUUUUCUAGCAUGUGGACACGGUGUAAUUCGAGUAGUGGGGAGGCCAGACAGUGUAACUCUGGCAUUGUCGUGGCGAGACGUGCAUGAACGGGAGGAACUUGAUGGCGUGGUGUGCAGGGUGGACGUCAAAUCGUGUGCGCGAUACAAAACUUGAACGGCAAAAUAUGGUCAGACACGCAAGGCUCUCUCAUAUAUAUGAGGGUGUUGUAUGCGUACAACUGUGAUGGGACGUACCUAUGUUAGAUGCGGAAGGUGACACACCCCAACACCUGCACGCUGC